UCCACUUUUCAUCAGUGAUCUCAACCAAAAGCAAAAGAAACAAGGAAAAUCAACUACGAAGACAUAAAUUUCAGAGAGACACAUUAAUGCUCUUCCAACCAUCCAUGGCGGAACCUAAUUAGCUUCCUUCAACCUAUCCAAUUCAAUUCAAUUCAAUUGCCCUCCCCCUCCAAUGGACAUUACGAUCUGCUUUCUUCUACCCCUUCUGAUCCACCCCACACUCGCCGGCGCUGUCGUCAUUGUCGGCGGCGGAGUCGGCAUCGGCCUCGGCGGCGUCGCCGGCGGCAGCGGCGGAGGGGUCUGGAUCGGCGGCGGAGUAAACCCUCCGGCGACGCCCUCCGCCCCAAAUAUGAACCAGGCGUACACUGCCCUCCAGGCCUGGAAAUCCGCCAUUACCGACGACCCACGUGGGAUUCUCCGGUCAUGGAUUGGCCCCAAUGUCUGCAACUACAGAGGCGUUUAUUGCACCGAUGCUCAGGAUUUUCUGGGAAACCCCGCCGGAAAAUCCAUCACCGCCGUAGAUCUGAACGGCGCUAAUUUGCAGGGAACUCUCGUCAACGAACUCGCCCUCCUCACCGAUUUGUCGAUUCUCCACCUCAACGGCAACCGCUUCGCCGGCGGCGUGCCGCUCGCCGUCCGGGAAAUGUCCGCCCUGACGGAGCUGGAUCUCAGCAACAACCGCUUCUCCGGCGAGUUCCCGGCUGCGACGCUUUAUAUACCUAAUCUGGUCUACCUCGACCUCCGAUUCAACUCCUUCUCCGGCCCGAUCCCCGGCGAGCUGUUUAACAAGAAGCUCGACGCCAUUUUCCUCAACAACAACUUCUUCUCCGGCGAGCUGCCGCAGAAUUUGGGCAAUUCGCCGGCGUCGGUGAUUAAUUUAGCCAACAACAGAUUUUCCGGCACGAUCCCAUUCAGCUUGGGGUACAUGGGGAUUCGGGAGAUUCUCUUCCUCAACAACCAGCUCACCGGCUGCAUCCCGGAGGGCGUCGGAAUGUGGACGGACUUGCAGGUUCUCGACGUCAGUUCCAAUGAGCUAAUGGGACACCUGCCCGAAUCCCUCUCCUGCCUCACCGGAAUCGAAGUUCUAAACUUCGCCAACAACAAGCUCUCCGGCGAGCUGCCGGAUUUGGUCUGCACACUCCGGAGCCUCCUGAACCUCACCGUCGCCGCCAAUUUCUUCUCCGGCUUCAGCCAGGACUGCGACCGGCCGGCGUUCCGGAACCUGUUCGAUUUCACGUUCAAUUGCAUUCCGGGGCGGCUGCUGCAGCGGCCGGUGCCGGAUUGCUCGGCGGUGCCCGGAGAAGGGCUGAGCUGCCUGCGAAUCCCGUCGGCGCGGCCUCUUGCGUGUGGGACAUUGGUGGGAGCAGAGGUAAGUCCACCAUGACUGACCAUUUGAAGAUGAUCGAUCAUCGAACCGGAUUAAUUAUUUUUUGUUUCUGGCAAAUCCGGACCGACGGGACCGGACCGGCGGACCGACCACGUUCUGGAUAAAGACACGCCGGAUAGGGUAGAGCACUUUAAAAUAGACCUUUUUUUUUUUUUAAUUAUUAGUAUUACAAUGUUCAUGUAUGUAUGUAUAUUAUGAUGUUUUGUGGAUGAUCUGGAUUUUGUGUUCUGGGAGGCCUACAAUUUCUUGGUUGUAGGGAUUCAGGUCCGAAUUGGUGUUUUUAUUUA